AUGAAGCUCUCCUUCAGAGAUCUCAAGCAGCAGAAGUUCACCAUCGAGGCGGAGCCUACUGACACUAUCGCUCAAGUGAAAGAGAAGGUCGCUGCCGAGAAAGGAUGGGACGCUUCGCAACAGAAGUUGAUCUACUCUGGCAAGGUCCUCGCCGAUGCCAACACUGUUGAGUCCUACAAGAUCGAGGAGAAGGGGUUUAUUGUCUGCAUGAUCAGCAAGCCAAAAGCAGCAGCGUCAAAGCCCAAAGAGCCAUCAACGCCUGCGGCUACCUCAUCCUCGACCCCUGCCGCGCCUGCUGCACCACCAGCCAGUGCACCAGCUGCCCCCUCGGAACAGCCGUCGACCCCUACUCCCGCACAGUCUGCCACAGCAGCCCCGUCUACUGAUACCACUGGAGCGGGCGGUUUCAAUGACCCUUCUGCGUUUCUUAUGGGUAACCGCAACGAAUCGACUAUUCGAGAAAUGGAGUCCAUGGGAUUCGGCAGGCCGGAGAUUGAGCGUGCCCUACGAGCUGCAUACUUCAACCCAGACCGUGCCAUCGAGUAUCUUCUUAGUGGUAUCCCAGAAAACAUCCAGGCCCAACAGCGACAAGCAACUCCAGCUGCUGGUACUGGUGCGCAGGACACGCCCGCAUCUCCGCCCGCUGCAGCGGCAGCAGCUGCUGCUCCCACCCAAGCGCAAGAGACCAACACGAGCUCUGGAGACGAACCCAUCAAUCUUUUCGAAGCUGCGGCACAGGCUGGCCAACAGGGACGUGGAACUGGAGGAGGUCUUCCGGCAGGUCUUGGGGCUGCCCUCGGAGCGAGAGCUGGUGGCAUUCCUGCCGGGGCAGGAGGUCAAGGAGCGGUAAACCUGGAGUUCUUACGGAAUAGCCCUCACUUCCAACAGCUCCGUCAACUUGUUCAACAACAACCGGCAAUGUUGGAGCCUUUCCUGCAACAAGUGGCCGAAGGUAACCCUCAACUCGCCCAAAUGAUCAGUCUGAACCCGGAUCAGUUCCUUCAACUCUUGGCAGAGGAUCAGGAAGGUGACGGAGGCCCGCUCCCACCCGGCUCCACUGCCAUCAGUGUUACCCCAGAGGAACGCGAUGCAAUUGAGCGCCUUUGCGGUCUCGGCUUCUCACGGGAUCAGGUCAUUCAAGCCUACUUUGCCUGUGACAAGAAUGAAGAGUUGGCCGCCAACUUUCUGUUCGAGCAGCCCGAGGAUGACGAAGAGUAG